CCAAGGAAAACAUCCAGGAGAUGAGGAAGGAGCUCGAUUCGCUGCUGCAGACGGCGGAGAAGGCGUUCACCGUGGAGCUGCUGAAGAUGCCGGUUGCCAUCAGGAAAAUGAAGAGAAAAGACUUGCUCAAUUUGCUAGGAGGGGAGGAAGUGGCUCUUGCUGCUGCAGUGACUGACUGCUCUCUCGAAGACAUACCAAAUCCAAAACUGGUGAGGACCAACAGCAAAAAAGUUAAGGUAACUACAAUUGUUGAAUAUGAAGACGCCAAGCAUGUUUCUGCAAAGAAAAUAUCUAAAAAAGUUUCCAAAACAAAGUCGUUGGUUUCAUUGGCAUCUGGUUUAAAUAGCAAACUGAACCCUCUUUCUAGGUCUGUUCACUCUUCUGCAAGUGUGGCUGAGGCCAUUAAGUUUCCUGCUUCUGAUUGCAGUGCCACAAAUUUCAAAGCCACGCCAAAGGCAUCUAAAAGUGCUGGACUACAACAGACCGUCUCAAGAACGGUACCUACCAGAGGAAGAGGUCAAGGCAUGUUACUAAGAAGUAAAUCAGUACCCCAAGUUAAAACUGUUCCAUUUGUAAACAUUCCCCUGGCUGAUGGACAGACACUCUGUACGGCUGGUGGAGACCUCCAUAAUAUUGAUGUACAACUACUCAAUCAAGAUACAGUACAGCAUAUUCAUAACUUAGUGAAUGAGCUGACUGUACUAUGUGGAAAGGCAACAGCUAAACCGAGUUAA